AUGGCUCAACAGCCCAGUGUGGAUCUUGGUCUUCCCAAGAAAUUUUUUCCAGGCUCGCUUUUUCCUGCUUCGUUCGUUGCACUGGGGCAAAAGCGGCGUGAUUGGAUUAGAAACUUGAAUUUUAAUUUAAAUGAUCUUCACAUUAUUUCCGCACAAAAUACUAGUAUUAAACCCAGCAUUUCUUGUACUGAUUUUUCUAUACAGAAAAUUAUUAAUUCUUUUUCUGAUGUGUUUGAACCUAAAAUUGGUUGCAUUCCUGAUUAUACUUGUGCACUAAAGCUAAUUCCAGAUGCAAAACCCAUUUUUAUUAAACCACGUACUGUACCGUAUGCUUUAAAAUCAAAAGUAGAACAAGAAUUAGAUAAAUUAGGAGCUGAAGGUGUAAUAGAAAAAAUAGACGAAUCAGAAUGGGGUACACCCCUAGUAGUUGUCCCAAAGCAUGAUGGCACAGUUCGUAUAUGCGCAGAUUUUAAAGUUACAAUCAACAAUCAGCUUCAAAAUGCCAGACACCCAAUUCCUAGAAUUGAGGACAUUUUCAAUAAAUUACGUGAUGGGAAAUAUUUCUGUACGCUCGAUAUCCACAAAGCAUAUUUAUAUUUGAAAGUCGAUGAAGAAAGUGCAAAAUAUCAGACUCUUUCUACUCAUAGAGGUACAUACUUAGCAAAAAGAUUAUUUUUCGGAAUAAAAACUGCACCAAAUGAAUUCCAUAAAUUUAUUGAUCAGUUUGUCCAAGAUUUUUAUGGAACUAUUGCCUACUUUGAUGAUAUUAUCAUCCAAGGAAAAGAUAAACAAGAUUGCCAGCAACGUUUAAUUAAAGUAUUCGAAAAGUUACGGGAACAUAAUUUGCAUCUUAACCUUAACAAAUGUAGAUUUUUCGAGGAAGAAGUUCAGUAUUUGGGACAUGUUAUCAGUUCUGCUGGACUGCACAAAUCAUCUGAUAAAAUUCAAGCUAUAUCCGAAACACCUCGACCAAACUCCGUUGAUGAUGUUCGUAAAUUCAUUGGACUUGUCAUGUAUUAUUCUAAGUUCAUUCCAGAUGCUUCCAGCCUACUUCAUCCACUAAACAAACUCUUAUGCAAAAACGCACGUUUUCGAUUGACUGCAGAAUGUGAAUCUGCGUUCAUAAAAGCAAAAUCAAUUAUAACCAGUGACCAGAUUCUAGUGCCUUUCAAUCCAGUUCUUCCAGUAACAUUAGCUACUGAUGCCAGCCCUUUUGGACAUUCAGGAGUUCUUUCACACACUAUGCCAAACGGUAUAGAGCGUCCUAUCGCUUUUGCUUCCAGAAGUCUCACAGUUGCCGAGAAAAAUUACAGUCAAUUGGAUCGUGAAGCUACAGCUGUGGUUUGGGCUUGCAAAACAUUUUACGAUUAUAUUUUUGGCAGAAAAUUUACCUUGAUUCUCGAUAACAGAGCCAUUUGCGCUAUCUUCCAUCCAGAGAAAAGCCUCCCAGUUAUGACUGCUUCAAGAAUUCUUCGAUAUGCUCAAUUUCUUUCGAGUUUCGAUUACACAAUUAUACAUAGAAAAUCUGAAAAGCAUACAAAUGCUGAUUACCUUUCAAGAAAUCCUCUUCCACUACCAGUUAAUUACGUCAACUGUAUUGAUGAAUCACAAGCACUCCAGCAAUUUAUCACAAAUUACAUUUCAACUGAAACAAUUACAGCAAACCAAAUUCAAACAGAAACAGAGCUUGAUCCUGAUCUUAGAAAAAUAAAAUACGAUAUUGUUAUUGGAAACAAGUUUGAUCCCAGUAUAACCAUUCAAGAUGGAAUCCUAUUUAGAGGAAAUCGAGUUAUCAUUCCCAAAUCUCUUCAACCUGAAAUGCUCAAGCAACUACAUUCUACACACAUAGGAAUUGUGAAAAUGAAAGCUCUAUCUCGAAACUACUGCUAUUGGAAAAACAUUGACAUCGAUAUUGAAAACCGUGAGUGCUGUGAUGUAAGAAAAAAUCCAGCGAAAGCACCUCUUCACAUAUGGGAAACACCGGAGAAAAAUUGGCAACGCGUGCACAUCGACUAUGCCGGACCCUUCAUGGAGCAUCAAUUUUUAAUUGUUGUGGAUUCACUUUCAAAAUGGCCUGAAAUUUUUGCUAUGAAGACAUCUCCCACAUCAUCAAACACAAUGUAUUAUUUAGAAGAAAUUUUUAGUCGUCAUGGAUUGCCUGAAAUUUUAGUUUCUGAUAAUGCCGUAAUUUUUAAGUCAGCAGAAUUCCAACAUUUUUGUAAGUCAAAUGGUAUUAAACAGCGUCUUAUUGCUCCAAGCUAUCCAGCUACAAAUGGCCAAGCAGAGCGCUAUGUUCAGAUAUUAAAAACGAAAUUAAAAUGCAUGAAGUAUCGUCCAGGUUCCCUCCAUAGUAAAUUAUGCAAACUACUUUUCCGAUACAGAAUAACACCACUUAACAAUGAAAAAACUCCGUCAGAAAUGUUAUUUGGUAGAAACUUACGAUGUGAAUUCGACUUAAUCAAACCAACUAAAGGACAAAAAAAUAAUGCCUUGCAGCCAGAAUUUAACAAAAAUUUCAAGUUAGGAGAAAGAGUACAGUCUCGCAACUAUACAUCAUCUGCUAAAUGGAAGUAUGGAACUGUUGUUGAAAAACUUUGA